AUGGAGCGGGGCCUGGCCCUCCUGCUGGCGGGGCUUCUGGGGCUCCUCCCGCCAGGCCGCGCCCAGCCCCUGCAGGUGGAGCCCCCAGAUCCCGUGGUGGCUGUGGCCCGGGGCGCGUCGCUGCAGCUCACCUGCCGUCUGACCUGCGCGGGCCGCGCGGCCGCGGUGCAGUGGCGGGGCCUGGACACCAGCCUGGGCGCCGUGCGGUCGGACGCGGGCCGCAGCGUCCUCACCGUGCGCAACGCCUCACUGUCGGCGGCCGGGACCCGCGUGUGCGUGGGCUCCUGCGGGGGCCUCACCUUCCAGCACGUCGUGCGGCUCCUCGUGUUCGCCUUCCCGGACCAGCUGACCGUCUCCCCGGCAGCCCUGGGGCCUGCUGACCGGGAGGUGGCCUGCUCCGCGCACAAGGUCACGCCCGCGGACCCCGACGUGCUCUCCUUCUCCCUGCUCCUGGGGGGCCGGGAGCUGGAGGGGGCGGAGGCCCUGGACCUGGAGGUGGACGUGGAGGAGGAUGAGCCCCAAGAGGACGAGGACGAGCCCCAAGAGGACGAGGACGUGCUGUUCAGGGUGACACAGCGCUGGCGGCUGCCGCCCCUGGGGACCCCUGCCCCACCUGCCCUCCACUGCCAGGCCACGAUGAGGCUGCCCGGCUUGGAGCUCAGUCACCGCCAGGCCAUCCCCGUCCUGCGCAGCCCAGCCUCCCUGGAGCCUCCCAACACGACCGCCCCUGAGCCCCCCAACACGACCGCCCCGGAGCCCCCCAACACGACCUUCUCAGAGGCCCCUGACACGACCUCCCCGGAGCCCCCCGACACGACCUCCCAGGAGACCGUACCCGAGCAGGUCCCCACACACAGCCCCAGGAGCCCAGCCUCCACCAGGACCUGCCGCCCUGCGGUCUCCCAGGCUGUGCCCACACAGGAAGAAGUGAUCCCGACGAGCUCCUCCAACCCUGCGAGUGACCAGCUGUCCGCGGCUCUGUGGAUCAGCAGCGCGGUGCUGGGGCUCCUGCUCCUGGCCUUGCCCACCUAUCGCCUCUGGAAACGCUGCCGGCACCUGGCUGAGGAUGGAGCCCACCCACCAGCAUCACUGAGGCUCCUGCCCCAGGUGUCAGCCUGGGCUGGGUUAAGGGGGACAGACCAAGUUGGGAGCAGCCCCUCCUGAGUGGCCAGCCCUUCCCCCUGCGAAAGAAAACUCGCCCUUUCAAGCUGGAAACUGCUCAGGGAAAACUGUUCGAUUCAAAGUCGUCCCUCCCUCUGAGAUGGAUGUUAAUUCUGAUUGCCUCCUUUGCAGAGGCUCGUUGGUAACUCAUAAGAAAGCAACCGUCUGUCUCCCCUACCUGUGACCUGGAAGCCCCUCCCUGUUUGUGUGGUCUCCGCCUUUCCGGACGGGACCUACCUACUUCUUUGUACACACAUUGAUGCCUUUUGUUUCAAGCUGUGCCCAACAGCCCUGGGCACCUGUGGGCAGGACUGCCUGAGGCUGUGUCAUGGGUGCGAAAAUACACCUUAACUCUGGCAAAUACACCUCCUAAAAUGA